AUGGCUUCGACUGUCAAAUCCGUCCCCUCUGAGAACUUAAUGAUGAUGCCCAUGAGGGACACCCAGGUAUUCUCAUCAGCAAGCCUGUACGUAGGAGACUUGAAACCUGAUGUGACUGAGGCAGUUUUGUACGAAGUAUUUAACACGGUGGGACCCGUAGCCUCGAUAAGAGUAUGCAGAGACUCAGUAACACGUAAAUCACUAGGCUACGCAUACGUUAAUUACUACAGCACACAGGACGCAGAGGCAGCUUUGGAAUCUUUGAACUACAUUGAAAUUAAGGGACACCCGACAAGAAUAAUGUGGAGUAACAGAGACCCAUCAUUGCGCCGUUCAGGAGCAGGAAACAUAUUCGUGAAGAACCUGGACAAGAGCAUAGACACAAAGAGCCUGUACGACACAUUUUCACACUUCGGACCAAUCCUUAGCUGUAAAGUGGCAGUUGACGCAUCCGGAGCGUCCAAGCGCUACGGAUUUGUACACUACGAAAACGAAGAAAGCGCCCGUGAAGCGAUAGAAAAAGUAAACGGAAUGCUAAUUGGAGGAAAGAGGGUGGAAGUAGCGCCUUUUUUGAGAAAGCAAGACCGUGAAGGAGAGGAAGUAUUCACAAACCUGUAUGUGAGAAACUUCCCAGCAGACUGGAACGAAGAAGCUUUAAGACAAUUCCUCGAAAAGUACGGCGAAAUCACAAGCAUGAUGCUUAAGGAGGAUUCUAAAGGAAGACGUUUUGCAUUUGUUAACUACAAGGAGCCAGAAGUAGCGAAGGAAGUAGUUAACACAUUGAACGAUUUGAAGCUAGAUGAGUCGUCUGAGCCAUUGCUAGUGUGCCCUCACCAGGACAAGGCAAAACGUCAGAAUCUUCUUCGUGCCCAGUUCAACAACUCGUCAAUGGGUCAGGAAGAUAAGCGCGUGACGAGUAACCUGUACAUCAAGAACCUGGACGACUCAUUUGACGACGAGUCACUAGGAGAGCUUUUUAAGCCUUUCGGCACAAUUACCAGUAGUAAGGUCAUGCUUGACGCUAAUAACCAUUCGCGUGGUUUCGGCUUUGUUUGCUUCACUAAUCCGCAGGAGGCAACAAAAGCAAUAGCAGCUAUGCACCUGAAAUUGGUAAAGGGUAAGCCACUGUAUGUGGGAUUGGCUGAGAAGAGAGAUCAGAGGAUGAUGAGGAUGCAACAGCGAAGAAGCUUCGAGCCUCAUUCGCGGGAUGUGCUCUUCAGUGAACUCCCCUCGCAAUCACUCUAUUAUCCAAGACCAUUCCCAGCUCCAUCAUUCCCAAACAGUGUGGCAGGACCUAACAAAAAGUUCCCACCCAACUUCACAACCAAUAACCCACAGGCUAACAAUUAUCCACCAAACUAUAACGCAAACUUCCCACCAGUCAAUUCAUAUGCUAACUACCCAGUGAGGAACGUGGCAGCCAAGGCACCAUCAGCAGGAAAUGCACGUAACAUGUCGCCCAUGAGUAGUGCAAACAUUCCGAGCAAUAUCCCACACUACCCAUCAGUGGUGCCCCCAAGCAUGGCACACGUGGUGGCCUCAGGUAACAUGGGCGUUCACGGGAACUUGACUCACCACGUAGUACCACCGAACAUGCCUCACGUGUUGCCCGGGAAUAUGGGAGUGCCAACUAACAUGGUGCCAGGAGCAGUAGGAAUAAGGCGAGAUAAUAAUAACCCAAAGUCACACCAACACCAAAUGCCGCCAGUGAGCGCAUUCAAAUUCACACCUCAAGCGCGAAACAGGGAAAUGCCAAUGCACCCACAGUACGUAGUUAACGGAAACGUACAAGUGGACGACGUAGCAAUGCAGAAACAGAUGAUUGGAGAAAGACUAUUCCCAAUCAUCGCCAGAGAUAACCCAGACCUCGCCGGAAAAAUCACUGGAAUGAUGCUGGAAAUCGACAACCACGAACUCCUUCAGCUACUCGAAGAUAAUGACCAGCUCAAGGCCAAAAUCGACGAGGCCAUCAAGGUACUCAAACAGGCGAGCUAA